ACAUAUAUUCUCGGUGAAAUGCCAGUUGUUGGAGCCACAGACAGAUUUUUCUGGACAGGUCUGACCAAACAGGCCACUGGUUGGGGCUGGUUUAACGGAGAUACGUAUUUACCACAAUAUGUAAACUGGGCAACAGAACCAGACCACAUCAACAAUAACGAAGAUUGUGCAAUACUAAAAGUAGAUGGAACCUUUUCUGAUCAGGAUUGUAGUAAACCGUUUAACUAUAUCUGUUACAAGGAAUCUAAAAGUGUACACACGGAAUAUUACAUGGGGUGUGGAGGAUGGGUGAGGGCCAACAACAAAUGCUACCAGUUUUAUGACAAACCUUGGUCCACAUACACACAGGCCCGAUCUAAUUGUCAACAGCUGGGAGGCGACCUCCUUAAAAUUGACUCAAUAGAUGACAGAUAUUGGCUAGAACAACAGAUGGUUAUGAACGGUCAUUACUCUAUGUACUUCACUGGACUGAAUGAUCAGGCAAAAGAAGGUGACUAUAGGUGGGCUGAUGGCACUCCAUAUAACGUGUCUUUUGUAAACUGGAACCAGGAGCCCAAUGCAUGGAACGGAAACGAGGACUGUGCGGCGAUCACCGCAGAUUACAACUGGAACGAUGAAGACUGUACCAUAUCCUUCCAGUAUAUCUGCGAAUACCCAAAUCUUAAUCAAGGUGACUGUCCUCCUGGGUGGAAGCAGAGAAGUGAUAAUUAUGAAUGCUACUAUUUCUCUGCCGCAAAUGAUUCUAGAAACUGGUUUGAGGCGAAGACUAAAUGCUAUAGCAUGACAACAGAUGUCAACCAACCUUCUAAAUUAGUAGCCGUCAACGAUCAAGAAGAAAUGCAAUGGCUUCAAACCACAUUACCAACUGUACCUAUAGCUACUAGUGGACGAAGACAGUUCUGGACAGGACUGAAUGACAGGAAUGUAGAGGGCGUUUGGACCUACCCAGACAAGACCGACAAUCCACCCAAUAAUAUUGUCAUAAAUUGGCAUGGCGAGCCUGCAGAUCCUGAUGGUACCAAAGACUGCACCUGGUUAGGGUUUGGAGGAAGAUACAUUACUUUAAACUGUAACCAGAAAAUAGGCUUUAUCUGCUCCAAAUACGCUCAGGGUUUUGGUGGUGGUGCUGGGUAUAUUCGUCCAUCCAUCACGUUAAUCAUAAGUCUACUAUUAUCUUUUUUCACCUUUUGUCGAUGAUAGAACGAUUAGUU